UACAAUGGGAAAUGAAACGGAUACACCUGCCAUCCAGACAGAACAACAUAAAUCCACCAAUAUUGAAGAUAAUGUCACAUUGUCUACUGUAGACUCUGAGCUGAGUGCAUCGGAACGUACAAGACGUUUAAUUCCAUACAUGGCAUUUUAUGUACCGGUCCAAGAUCUGCCCAUUAACCAGCAGUACGCUGCAAUGCCAACGCAGACAAAAAAUGGUGUGCGACUGAGUGCCACGGGAACAUCUUCUGGGUCACACAUACCUCUACCGCCACAAUAUGUUAACAUGAAAACAUAUUCGGAACCGGGAGGUGCAUCAUAUUUACAAUCUUCAACAGCUGCUACACAUUAUCAGACAAGUGCAGGCGAUGCCUAUCAUGCGCUAGCAUACGGUGGUGGUGGAACGCAAUCCCAAGAACAGUCAUAUCAACUGGUACCAACGCCAAUAAAGCACAUCGAUAAUGGCGCCAACCACAAAUAUCCUGGACAUCACUUACUUUCAGCUGGUUCCCCCGGUCCUUCAGCACCCUCUUCGGGAAUUAACUUGGCUGGCAAUAAGAUAAAUCCCGUUCGACAUAAAACCGUACAGCAUUUUCCACCACUGCCAUCGCAUUCAGCCUCUUCAUCAUCAUCAUCCGCAUAUGAACCAUCCUCUGCGAAACAGCAACGACAGCAACAUGGCGUCGCUUAUCGUCCACGAACGAAACAAUCAAAAAUCAAUUUAACACCAUUUACACCGGCCAAUUCAGUACCGGGAAAUUUUGUGCCAAUUGUUUAUACGCCAGUAAACAGCAAUAAUAACAAUAAUAACAAUAACAACAACAACAUAGUUAUAACAUCACAUGCUGCAUCGUCAGCCGACACUACCAACACCGAUAAUUCUCCAGCAGCGAAAGCAACAAAUGGGGGCGGAAAACAGCAACAAAUUGCAAUUGAAUAUCCCGAUCCAUUGCCAGCAUCAAUUGAUGGUGUGGUUCAACAUCAUCCUCCACCACCGUCGUCUACGCAGCACCAAGAGCCUCAUUCACAUCAGCAUCGGCAUAAUCCUAAACAACCGGGGCAAUAUUUUAGUGUAACGCCAUUGUCGUCUGGCAGAGAAACAGGCAAUUCUCAACAUCAGAAUACACCAGCUAUUGGUUAUGACCAUCAUCAACAACAGCAAAAUGGACACGAGAUUGUAGUUAUUGAUGGAUCCCCUCGACCACCAAAACAUUCACAACAAUUAACAUUAAUUGGCUCCAAGCAACAACAGUACCGAACCAAGCCAGCACAAUUUCGCCCAUCGAAACCUGAACAUUUUUUCCUAACUGAGCAGCAACCCAUUGAACAGCAACGUCCACAAUACAGUGAUAAGUAUCCCCAGCCACAACAACAGAACCAAGGACCUCAACCUCAAAUUCUGACAAAAACCAAGUAUCACGAACGCGUUAAACAACCACCUACACAUAUAUUUGUUCUUAGCUCGACUGUGGCACCAAGCGACGAACCAUUUAAUACUUUGUCCCCUAUUAACUCCUCUCCCAAUCCCCGUUAUCCUGCAGCAUAUCCACAACAACUCAGUGCCAUACAUCAUCAACAUUCUGUAUAUGCACGACCAGAACAUAACCCAUCUCCUCACAACGUACGAAACAAUGCAGCAUCUUCCACCCAGCCACUCGGUGAACAAAUCCUUACAAUUCCUGUUCACAAUCUAUUCAGUGAUUUACGAAAUUAUCAGCACAACAACAAUCGUCACUUUGUGUCACCACAACCAUCAUCAUCCUCGUAUCCACUACAGAGUGGACAUUAUCCUAAACUAAAUGGACCUUCAACUCCACAAUACGCCGACUAUCCGGUAGAUGAACCAAAACAAUCGUUGGAUGAAGACCGUGACAACGAAUCGUACCGACAACAAGUCCAAUUACCCCUUAAACCUACAUUGGGACCCCCCACACAUGCCUUCAUAGUGGUGACAACAGCAGCGCCAUCCACUUACCAUCAACCUGUAACCCAAGAAAAUUACGGCUCAACAAUGAGGCCUCUGUACAUAAACAAACCAAACAUCAAAUUACAGCCAGUAGUCAAGGAGAAGAAUGUCAACUAUCCCAUCAUUAGACAACCGAAUCCAACGGCAAGACCUUCUGUUGUCCUGGCAUCGACAACUCCAAAUACCAUGAUAGUCGACACAGCUCCCAAAUAUGUUUACGUCAAAGAAGAAUUUGGGCAAAAACUGGCUACUCCACCAAUAAAACUGAAACCAGUGCAAAAAUAUGAAAACGAUAAUCACAUUCCAACCAAGCACCAGCCGCAUGAUCUGCAGCACUUACAGCCACAUCCCCCGGUCGUUGGCCAGGGACACAACGAACACUCAACGACAUACGUCGCCGCACCACAUCAGCCCAAUGCAUUAUCAGAUCCCAACGAACUGCCCGACAUACGGACGUCAUCACUGGCUGAAAUAUUGCACAAGUUACAGGAGAGCAAUCAUUUGCCGCAUACCUUGACGCCGGAAAACAUUGAUAAUUCCAUUAAAACCCUCAUUCGUAUAUUAAACAAUUUGAAGAAAACCCAAACGAUUGUGGCCAAUCCACCGCAACAUCAUGAAAAUUCUCCGUCCAUUUCGCCAGAUUAUGAUUAUGCAACGGGAAGUGAAGAGCAUGAACAUGGCCAUGGUGACGAGCAUCUAUCAGCACCCAUAGCAGCAAUUACACCGAACAAACACCCCGGACCAAGCACUGGAAGACCGGGUAUUGAUUAUCCCAACUACGCUGAAAUACCGCAGACGUCAUUUGACUGUUCUCAGCAGCGUUACAAGGGAUUUUUCGGAGACCCUGAAACGAAUUGUCAAGUAUGGCACUAUUGUGACCUGAAUGGUGGGAAGGCGUCGUUCCUUUGUCCGAAUGGAACGAUUUUUAGCCAGAUUGCACUGACCUGUGAUUGGUGGUUUAAUGUCAAAUGUGCAACAACUGCGCAAUUAUAUGUGCUCAACGAACGUUUGUACAAAUACAUUUUGCCAUUUACUCCGAAAUUCCCGGAAGACUAUAGUGGACCUUUGGUAGAUAAAUAUUUGGCUUUGAAAUUCCAAGAGAUGGAAGAGAAAAUGCGUCUCGAAAAAGAAAAGGCAUUGGAGGAAGCAGCUAAUGAACAUGAAAGUCAAGAGGAAGCCACGUCGGAAGACAGCAAGGAAGAUAAUAACAUCGAGGAAACGACAACUGAAAACGAAACAUCGAACACUCCAAAGGUAUCAAUAUUACAUAAACACGAAUCGGUCAACUCACAAGUAAGCGAACAAAGUUCGGAAAGAAAUCUUCUAAUCGAUGACGAGGUAGAUGAUAUAUCCAAACGCGGCUCAAUCGAUACAUUCGAAAGUACAACAAUAUCGAGCAUCUCAAAUAAAGAUUUGCCAUUAAGUCUAAGGCCGAUUGUGGUAUCGUCGACGGUGGAGCCUGAUUAUGAUGAAGAUGAACCUGAUCAACAACCACAACACCAGCAGGUUGAUGACAAUCCCAAAAAUGAUGACAAUCUAAGCAAAUCCGAUGCAAACGAACAAACAGUUCAAGAAAUAAUAGUUAAUAUACCGAAUAAAAAUGAACCCUCCACUUCGAACUCCAAAGCGGAACGCAUGAAAAUUACAGUAGAGAAAGUAAAUGUUAUAGAAAUUAAACCAGAUGGCGCCACUGGCCACUUAAUACGCGAAAUGAUAUUGAACAGUGAGAAGAAAUAA